GUGCACUACCCAUAGGGUUCUGGUCUAAAGUAGUGCACUACCCAUAGGGCUCUGGUCUAAAGUAGUGCACUACCCAUAGGGCUCUGGUCUAAAGUAGUCCACUAAAUAGGGAAUAAGGUACUGUUUGAAACACAUAUUUACCAUGAGUAAAUAUAAGAUAUUAUUGUGGUAUAAUUAAUUGCUUGAAAUAGAGGUCCAUGUGUUAACUUGAUCGCCAAUGUUCAAUUUGGGUCUAGCGUUUUUCUUGACCUCGUGACCUAACCAGGAAAAACUCUGGACCCUAGUAAUAGCUACUAACUAAUAUCUAGGGCCCAAGUUUAGGGAAAACUCCCUGGUCCUAGAUAUAUUACCUGGCCAAUAUGACAGCACUCCCUCGCCAAACUAAAUACACUUUUUAUAAAUAAUCAUGAUGCAAAGCCAAUAUGCUCUGUCUGUACAAUCUUCUUCUUUUGAACGACUUUACAGGGUUAUUUUAUCUUUCUAACCAAACUAUAUUAAAAAGAGUGGGGUCAAUUCCAUUUCAAAUGCCAGUCAACUAAACUUGACAUGGGAGACUCGUUCGAUGGAUGUCCACUUCACUUAUUUAAUUAGCCAUGGAUGUAAAUGGAAUUGAAGCUGAUUCUGCUCUUCUGUACAAAGUCAUUUAAGUUGGAGUACACGUUGAGAAAGUGAGCCGUGUGUAUUGGAGGUACAGAGUGGUCUCGGCCCAGGUGCAGUGUGUAUGGGGGUACAGAGUGGUCUCGGCCCAGGUGCAGUGUGUAUGGGGGUACAGUGGGUCUCGGCCCAGGUGCAGUGUGUAUUGGGGUACAGAGUGGUCUCGGCCCAGGUGCAGUGUGUAUUGGGGGUACAGUGGGGUCUCGGCCCAGGAGCAGUGUGUAUUGGGGGUACAGAGUGGUCUCGGCCCAGGUGCAGUGUGUAUUGGGGGUACAGAGUGGUCUCGGCCCAGGUGCAGUGUGUAUUGGGGGUACAGUGUGGUCUCGGCCCAGGAGCAGUGUGUAUUGGAGGUACAGAGUGGUCUCGGCCCAGGUACAGUGUGUAUUGGGGGUACAGUGUGUAUUGGGGUACAGUGUGGUCUCGGCCCAGGAGCUGUGUGUAUAGGGGGUACAGUGUGGUCUCGGCCCAGGAGCAGUGUGUAUUGGGGGUACAGUGUGUAUUGGGGUACCGUGUGGUCUCGGCCCAGGAGCCGUGUGUAUUGGGGGUACAGUGUGUAUUGGGGGUACAGUGUGGUCUCGGCCCAGGAGCAGUGUGUAUUGGGGGUACAGUGUGGUCUCGGCCCAGGACAGUGUGUAUUGGGGGUACAGUGUGUAUUGGGGGGACAGUGUGUAUUGGGGUACAGUGUGUAUUGGGGGUUUCAGUGUGUAUUGGGGGUACAGUGUGUAUUGGGGGUACAGUGUGUAUUGGGGGUACAGUGUGUAUUGGGGGUACAGUGUGUAUUGGGGGUACAGUGUGGUCUCGGCCCAGGAGCAGUGUGUAUUGGGGGUACAGUGUGUAUUGGGGGUACAGUGUGUAUUGGGGGUACAGUGUGUAUUGGGGGUACAGUGUGGUCUCGGCCCAGGAGCAGUGUGUAUUGGGGGUACAGUGUGUAUUGGGGGUACAGUGUGUAUUGGGGGUACAGUGUGUAUUGGGGGUACAGUGUGUUCUGUUCUGUUACAUUGUACAUUUUAUAAGUACUGACAAACAUGUACAGCUUUUUUUUACUGGUUAAAAUGAGAUGUUCUCUUCUCUCAUG